GCAAAUAUGCUGUCAACCAAACGAGGAACCGAGCACGGACGCGCGAGGUCGUCUUCCGCUUUCCGCAUCAGCCUAGGGUUUCGAUUCGAAUCCGCAUCCGCAUCCGCAUCCUCCAAUCUCCUCCGCUCCGCCGGCCGGAGAUCGCCGCGGCUUCCGGCGAUCUGGAACGCGCGGGAUCGACGAGCGAUUGGGGGCGGCCCCGGAUCGGGUAGCGCGCUCGGAGCGGGGAGAGGGGAGAUGAAUCGCCGGUGCGCGGAUCCAGAGGUAAAAUGACUGGCGUGUCAUUCGGCAUCCGCACCGGGAGUUAUGGAUCGCUGCAGCAGUUGUCCAACGGCGGCGGCGGCGGCGGCGGCGGCGCGUUGCAGAACCACGCCGCGCCGGUCCUCCUGCGGAAGCCCUCAAGCUGGGGCUGUCCGGUUACCGGGAGAAGGAAAAGUUCCUGCCUUUCAUCCGCCGGUACUUGCCGGAAGCGGGUCGCGAUGAUGCUCCUGGUCGCUCUCGCCCUCCUCGUCUUCGUCUUCGGUUCCUUUACGGUCAAUAGAGAAGGCAGCGGUCCUAUAAUAGAUCCAUAUGCGGAGAGCACGAUACCUUUUGUCGAUAGGCGUACGGGCCAUGCCGUUGUAAUGCAUCUCCCAGGGUAGAAGAUAGACAAAAGGGCAGAGGUUCCCUUGACGGA